ACUAUCUACCUCUUACGAUAACUACAACUCACGACUUCUCUCUCCACAAACCCCAGCAACUCAACCCCGCCUCACAAACCAACUACACACAACCCACACCACCUAAAACCCCCCACCACACGCCUCAACCCCCUCAAAACUACACAGCCUGCAACAAAAAAUGAGCAACAAAGACUCCGCCUACGGCGGCGCGCCCGCCUCGGACACCGCCUUCCGCAAGACCUGGGACCGGGACGAGUACGCGAAGAAGGCGGCGGCGGAGGAGACGCGGCGCAAGGAGGAGGCCAAGGCGCGGUACGAGGCGAAGCUGCUGGGCAAGAAAUGGCACGCGCCGGUGGACUACAGCACGCUGGAGGCGACGACGUCGCGCACGCAGCGGCUGGACGUGGCCUCGAUGGUCGGCAAGACGACGAUGGUGGCGGCGGGGGCGGCGGUCGGGAAGCGCGGCCGCGGCGCGGGCUUCUACUGCGCCGACUGCGACCUCACCUUCAAGGAUAACCUGCAGCUCGUCGAGCAUCUGAACAGCAAGCAGCAUCUGCUGGCGACGGGCCAGAGCGGGGAGGUCGCCGUCGCGACGGUGGAGGAUGUGCGGCUGCGGCUGCGCAUGCUGGCGCACCGGAGGCGGGAGCGCGAGGAGGAGGAGCGGCGCGCCUGGCAGCUGGAUCUCGGGGAGCGGCUGAAGGAGCGCGAGGAGCUGGAUGCCAAGGAGCGCGAGGAGAAGCGGAGGAAGCGGAAUGAGAAGCGGCGCAAGGGGGCCGAGAAUGGCGUCAAGCAGGAGGAGGAGAGCUGGGAGGGUCGAUUGGGGAUCAUUGCAUAAAUGGACUACGGAAAAGCACAUAAGGGCGGGGAGGAUGUCUGGUUCCUUGUUGGCCUUGUUGGCAAGGAUAGGAAGAUAGAUUCGGCGGCUCAUGCUGCUUAAAAGCUCAAGUAUACCCACGGCGUUUCGGUUCUCAGGUUCUUACGGCUCUGUAUCUUUCUAUGAAAUUGAUUUCCUUUAUCCAGGCGCAUGUAUAAAAUCAUUGACAAUAUCCAUAUCAGAA